UCCAACAGUACUCACAUUCAUCCACAACACAUUGAACCUCGUCUGCCCACCACUUGAGCUCCAUUUAUCACCAUGCGAUCGAUAGUCAACCUUGUUCCUCUCGUACUCCUGUCCCUCAGCCUUAUCAAUGCCGCCCCUGUGGAGGUUCCUGGAGUUGUCGUUCCCCCGGAAGCCCCCAACAAGUCGGUUCACGAGGAGCCAAUUGACCCCAAUGAUAUCACUGCGCCGUAUCCCGUCAACAAGGGCUACAUCUCCAACGGCGAGAUCAAUGAGCCUCCACCAAAGCCUUUCACUCCUGCCGGCGGCCUCGCACUGGAUGAGACCCCCAUCUACCACCCGCUCUCUGACUUCGACUUUCAGUCGCUUAACCUUGCCCUUUACACCGAAUGGAUUGAGCUUGAUCUAUUCCGGUUCGCUCUAGAAAAGUUCUCGCUUGAGGACUUUGAGGAGGCCGGCUUGAACAAAGCCGAUAGAGCACUCGUCGCCUACAUGGCGGAUCAGGAGGUUGGCCACGCUACCAACGUCUACAACAUGCUCGGCCCUGCAGCGGCCAAGCCCUGCAAGUACCAGUAUCCGUUCCAGACAGUCAGGGAGUUUAUUACCUUUAGUAAGCAACUCACACGGGUUGGCGAGGCCGGUGUCGCUGGCUUCCUUGAGCACCUCGACUCGCGGGCGUCGGCGCAGCUGCUGCUACAGACGGUCACUACUGAGGCACGCCAGCAGAUGGUCUUCCGCCAAUUUGAGGGUCUUUUCCCAAUGCCAGUAUGGUUCCAGACAGCCAUCACGCAGAGCAUGCAGUGGACAUUGCAAGCACGCUACAUUGUUUCCUGCCCCGAGAUCAAUCACAAGCAUCCUCUGAUCUGGCAGGUGUUCCCCGCGCUGUAUAUCACCAAUAACCCUAACAGCACUGACCCGAACUUUGGCCCCGCCAUCUCGACCGAGCGUCCAGCACUCAGUUACCCCGGACGGGAGGUCGAGUUCGAGUUUGAGACCCCUGGCAAGAAGGUGGGCCCUGACGGUAGAUACACCACCACCAGCACCGCCGGCGCACCCAAAUUUGUUGCAUGGAUCAGCCAGCUUAACGUCACGUACACGCCACUUGAGGGCGUCGAGAUGUUCAACUCCGACGGCUUCGACGUCGGUAAAGCCACCACAAAGCAGCCCGACGUGCCUGACCUGUAUCCGGGCCUCACCACUGAAGGCCAACCAGUCAUCAACGGAACAGUGUUUGUUGCGCUCGUUGACGAUGACGUCUUUGUCACGCCCUCAAACUUGACUGAAUUGAAUUCGCACGUAGUUGCCGGCCCUGCUCUCUAUCAAUCUGGUUAAAAUGGACAAUUCAUCCUGUAUCAAUCAAACGAUAAUAUGGACCUAAUAAAACAGUUCGGCAUGAACGUUUUAAUACAUAUUAACGCUUCAAAAAAACAUAUCACGAAACAUUUGCAUACAAAGGCAAUUAAAACAGAUGAUAAGAUGUUGA